AUGGCGCAAGAAGAGUUUGAUCCGCAAACAAUCAUGCAGAGAUUCAAUGGUUUUCCAGAAGGAAACGAAGUAGCGAUGAAUACAAAACUACGAUUCGCACAAACGGAGCUAGAAAAGGCGGCGCAUACGAUGAACGAGAUGAACACGUCGAUUGAAAAGUUUCUCGCAAAAUUCGAAAAGCAAAAGGAAAAAACAGAAAAGGCAAAAACCGAGGCUAAGGCUGCAAAGGAAGCUCUUGCGGCCGAGGAGGCCGAGAAGAUGGAUAUGCUCCAACAGAUGGAACUGAUUGUGGCGCAAGUGAAACAGCAGAAAAAGGAGAAGAAGAAAGCAGUGAAAGAUAUCCAACUUUUCAUUAAUGAAAAAUUCGAAUCGAUGGACGAACAGCUGCGGUCGCUUGAGAGCGAGAACCAGCGGCUGAGGAAACAGCUUGAAUGA